AUGGACGACCUCGCGCCGCUCCUCGCCAAGCACGCCGCGGGGACCCUGACCUUCAACGACACGUUGCCUAUCCAGAAGCACGAUCAGCGCGAGGUUGUUGGAUGGCUUUACAUGGUCACGGGCAAGCAUACCAAGGCCAUCAACGAAGAAGCAGCCAUGGCGUCGCUGCUGCUCGACAACCAUUGCUUUUUCCCGCAAGUUUUGCGUUUUUGCAAAGUGGCGGGCGGAUUGAAGGAAUCCCCUGGUUCGCGUUUUCCAGGCAUGCCACAGGAUGCCGGGAUUGUGCGCGUCUCUACCCAUCGACUGGUGGACGUCCUCGAGCACCAGUGCGUGGAUCGCAUGAUCACCUGCGACGUAUUUCGCUGGGCGAUGGUAGUCGCUAGAGACGUAGCAGUCCCUCACCAGGUGCUUGUCGGCCAGGAUAUAGUCCAAACGGGUAUUGUUAUGUGGUCCGAAGUUGGUUCGCGUCUCAUCGUGAUGCAUACGCCAAGCAUCCAUCACCCGGAGCGCGACCAGCCACUCGAGACAAUUGCCACGACCCACGGUGUGAUCGUGGUGCUGACAUUCCACGUCAAGAUACAAGUCGAGCGGUAA